AUGGCACCGACGGAUUUCUCUUCACAAUCAUACUGGGAGGACCGCUUUACUGCGUCGCAAACUCCUUUCGAAUGGCUUCUUCCGCUUGACGAUACGGUCGGGAUCUUGGAAAGAUUCAUCGGCCACAGUGCGGACUGCACAGGAGUAGUAUCCGACGCUGUACCGCAUGGGCCUUACAUUCUACACAUCGGCUGUGGGACUUCGGACCUGUCACUGCAUCUGAGAAAUUUUGUUUGUUGCCCAAGCCAUGUUCACAACGUGGACUACUCCGAGGAAGCUGUGAAGAUCGGGAGGAGGAGAGAGGAUGAGUACAUCACUGCGUCUAGAACUUUUCACGGUGAUCCUUGCGAAGACACGGACCAAAGGCGAAUGCGCUGGAGUACAGCUGAUCUCCUCUCGCUACCGAGCGUGCAAUCACUCACGGGCGAUAACGACACGCUCUUCCACUUCAUCGUCGACAAAAGCACCAGUGAUGCCAUUGCAUGUGGAGAUAACAUCACCAUUCUCUCCACGUGGGCUGGUGGUGACGACGACGGACCCUCUCCGGUAUCACUGCCACCGGUAGAAGUGCUCGCUCUACACCUUGCCGCCGUCACUGCUGCUGGAGGUCGCUGGAUUGUUAUAUCCUACUCUGGGGACCGUUUUGGAUUUCUGGAAACGAACACACAAAGUGGAGUGGGGACAGCCGGAAACAGCGAUACAGAGGGAGACUCGCAAGCCAUUGACGGCCAAGUGGUGGGACCUGCUACAUUCUGGCGGCUGGAAUAUAAAGAGCAGAUAGCAGUCCCAGAGCCAGAAGUGUCCAGAGACCGAAAUGAGUCGACCCAUAUUGUGCACCGGCCACCAAUAUUUUACUGGCUCUACGUGCUUACCAGAACCAAGGCUUCAAUGGCUUCGGGCACAUAG